UGACUCUCUGGCCUCCAGGGAAAGACGUGUGAGAGGGUCAGAGAGACGAGACACUGCAUGGUACGGUAUAGAGCUGGGUUUUGUUUGGCACAUAAUGGAUGGAUUUGUUCCUAUGGGAAUACAUCACUGCUGCAUAGACAGUGGCUUGUGUUGUUGUGAUGAAUGACGUUGUGUGGAUGUACGUGUGUGCUGCUGGCUUCCUGCUUCAGCCCUCAACCAGAGGGUCGGGAUGCUACUGCGCUCUGUUGUCAUGGUGAUGCGGGAAAUGAGAAAACCGGGAUUAUGUGAAUUUGUGCGCAGGCAGAAACGAAGAGAGAGAGAGAGGGAGGAGAGCGAGAGAGUGAGUGAGAGAGAGAAAGGAGAGAGAGAGUGAGGAGAGAGAGAGAGUGAGGAGAGAGUGAGAGAGAGACUGAGAGGAGAGAGAGAGGGAGGAGAGAGAGAGAGAGAGAGAGGGAGGAGAGCGAGAGAGUGAGUGAGAGAGAGAAAGGAGAGAGAGAGUGAGGAGAGAGAGCGAGAGAGUGAGGAGAGAGACAGUGAGAGAGAGAGAGAGAGAGAGAGAGAGAGAGAGAGAGAGAGACUGAGAGGAGAGAGAGAGGGAGGAGAGAGAGAGAGAGAGAGAGAGAGAGAGAGGGAGAAACAGGAGUACAGGAAGGACCGAUGCUGAGGGAAGCUUCUUGCUGUGUUUUCAUCAGGGUUAUUAUCACUGGUUCUUGAACAAGACGUCUGCUGCUGCUUUUGGGAUACUGCGACCACACACACUCGCACACACACACAUGCACACUCUCUCUCUCUUAUACAUACACGCUUUCUCUCGCUCUCUCGCGCUUGCUCACACACAUACACACACACGCUUGCUCUCGAACACACACACACUCAGGCCUUGUCAGCAUGGCCAUGGACCGUGAUGUCAACAGUGUGCGUGUGUGAUGGUACAGUAGCUUUAGGACUGUGUUGACACACACAUGACGAGCAGUACUUCCCAGGGGCCCAGCUGAGGGACACUACACAGGCCUGGCCAGGGGCCCUCCACGGCAUGGAAGAGUCCCAGCAGAUCCUGGCCCGCCAGAAGUCCAACUCUCAGUCGGACAGCCAUGAUGACGAGGUGUCCCCCCCGCUGCCCAACCCAGUGGUCAAGGCCCGCCGCCGCCGGGGAGGGGUCAGUGCUGAAGUCUACACUGAAGAGGACGCCGUCAGCUACGUCCGCAAGGUGAUUCCUAAAGACUACAAGACCAUGACUGCUCUGGCCAAGGCCAUCUCCAAGAAUGUGCUGUUUGCUCACCUCGACGACAACGAAAGGAGUGACAUAUUUGAUGCCAUGUUCCCUGUCAUGCACAUUGCGGGAGAGACAGUUAUUCAGCAAGGUGAUGAAGGAGACAACUUCUAUGUGAUUGACCAAGGUGAAGUGGAUGUAUAUGUGAACGGAGAGUGGGUGACCAGUAUCGGGGAGGGGGGCAGCUUUGGGGAGCUGGCCCUGAUCUACGGGACCCCCCGAGCCGCCACCGUCAAGGCCAAGACUGACAUGAAGCUGUGGGGCAUCGACCGGGACAGCUACCGACGCAUCCUCAUGGGUAGCACACUGAGGAAGAGGAAGAUGUACGAAGAGUUCCUGAGCAAGGUCUCCAUCCUCGAGUCUCUGGACAAGUGGGAGCGUCUGACUGUAGCUGAUUCUCUGGAGCCGGUCCAGUUUGAGGACGGGGAGAAGAUCGUGGUACAGGGAGACCCCGGAGAUGACUUCUUCAUCAUCACAGAGGGUACAGCCUCUGUUCUCCAGCGUAGAUCUGACAAUGAGGAGUACGUCGAGGUUGGUCGUCUGGGGCCGUCCGACUACUUUGGUGAGAUCGCCCUGCUGCUGAACAGGCCGCGGGCGGCCACAGUGGUGGCCCGGGGACCCCUGAAGUGUGUGAAGCUGGACCGGCCCCGCUUCGAACGGGUCCUGGGGCCCUGCUCGGAGAUCCUAAAGAGGAACAUCCAGAGAUACAACAGCUUCAUCUCUCUCACCGUGUGAGGGGCCACCGGGGGCCAAAUGGGGAGGGAAAGGUGCGGAUGGGUGGGGAAGGGGGGUUCCGGUGACAGGGCUUCUUCCUGCCUUUUUUUCAUUUGGCGUUGUUCUUCUAAUUCUGAUCUUCUUCUUCUCCUUCACUUUGACCUGUACUGUCUCUGUAGCUUUAUUUAAAUGAACAAUGAAACAUGUGGGAUGAAUGUGGCGAGGACGGACAGACAGUGUGGAUGUACUUUAAAUGGCUCAUAUGUUACAGGGGUCAUAUAUGUUUACUGAAUAUGAUACAUGCUUGGAGAAUGCAAUGAAUGGAGGUAGAUUGCACUUGUAUGUAUUUUAUGUGGUAAACUAUAACAGGGGAGUGGUGGGGCAAUUCAGGAAGGGAAGUCAUGAAUUCAGGAAGUGAUGUCAUGUUUACGUACAGCGAUGGAGGAAGUUGGGUGUCUUUGCGCGCUGGUUGUAGUUUUUUGCCUUUUCGCUUUAGGGUCCUGGUCGUUGGUCCGUGGUUGCCAUUUCUACGUCAAAUCAACCCACUACCUGAUGACACAGGCCUUUGUUACCUAAAAACUAGAGGUAGACGUAAAAACAACUUUAAUUCUUGUCUGUUUCAUUGAUCUCAAUGCUUUUUAACUGUGCUUGUGUUGCUGGUACGAAUGACGAUGGGGUGUUUGUUAGAAGUUAUAUUUUCAAUAGGGGUUUUAUUGAUGGAUGCUGCAAAUGUGCCAUGUGAAGGAGUGUGGCUUUUAUUUUGUAAAGAUACCUCCAUUCUGAUGUUUUAUCUGAAUCUGAAUCUGUAAAUUGUUCCAAAGGCGCAAUAGUGUUUGUUAGAUUAACACACACACACACACUCUCUCAAACACAUAACACACAGACACGGUCACACACUAACAGACACACACAUGCACAUGUACACACACAUACACAAACACACACGUUCUGACAUACACUCAUACAGGUGGAUAUACACACACACAUACACACACUCACACACACACACACACUCUCUCAGGACUAUAAAUUCAUAAUACAAAUGUCUUACACUGGAUGCUUUUUCAGCUGAUUUUGGUCUGUGUUAAAUUGAUUGGUGAGAUCAUUUUCCAUCACUUUACAGUUCUUAGCUUUUGGUGAAUACAGCAGUUUGUUUAAAUUGUUUUGAUGAUGUUGAUUUAAAUGUUAUUAUAAAUGUUUAAACCAGAGAAAUAGACAAAGUUAUGUUACUCUCUUUCUAAGUCAUUGGAGAUUGUGAUCUCUAUCUCGAUUCAAAGUUGCACAAUAAUUGACCAAUGGCAGAUGAUGUCCAAUGGAGCUGACCUAUAGAACAGCAUCUUUCUGUAUUCCACACUCUCAUUGGUUCUCAUCAUAUUAUUCCAUCCUUUUCAGCAAAUAAAUACAAGCUUCUGAACUCCA